CAGUUUUCCAACUUUUAAGGUAGUUUGCAAACCAGAGAUUAGAAAAAUCUUCAAAUUUCACCAUGGAAAUUCUGCCCCCCCUAUCAUCAUGCUUAACAUCGUUGCCUCCAUAGUGCGGAUCACUGCAUUUGCUAUUUUUCGCCGCUAAUUUUCAAUGAUUGUGCGCCAGAUUACCAGUAGAGGCAUAAUAUCCUCUCAUCUGUGUGCCCACUUUGGAAACCCCAGUGGCAAUAAAGUCAUGACCCGGCCAAGUUCAGAUCUGGCAGCGUUUAGGGAGAUCUUCUCUAAGGCCCAGCAUGUAGCCAUCCUGACUGGGGCAGGGGUGAGUGCUGAGAGUGGAGUCCCUACCUUCAGAGGAGCAGGAGGCUAUUGGAGGAAAUGGCAAGCACAGGACCUGGCAACCCCAGAGGCCUUCUCUAGGAACCCUUCCCGCGUCUGGGAAUUCUACCACUACCGCCGAGAGGUCAUGCUGACCAAAAGUCCUAACCCUGCUCACCUGGCCAUCACAGAGUGUGAAGAACGGCUAAGCAAACAGGGGCGUAAAGUCACUGUCAUCACUCAGAACAUAGAUGAGCUCCACCGCCGUGCUGGAUCCAAAAACAUGUUGGAAUUACACGGAAGUUUGUUUAAAACGCGCUGUAUGAGCUGUGGUCAUGAAUCAGCCAAUUACAAGAGUCCAAUCUGUGCUGCCUUGGAAGGCAAAGGUGCUCCGGAUCCAAACACCAAUGAUGCUCAGAUCCCUGUUCAGGACUUGCCCAGGUGUGAGCAGACAGCCUGUCGUGGUCUUGUCAGGCCUGCAGUGGUGUGGUUUGGAGAGACUCUUGACUCAGACAUCCUGACCCGUGUGGAGGAGGAGCUAGAUAACUGUGACCUCUGUCUUGUAGUUGGCACAUCUUCCAUUGUUUAUCCAGCAGCCAUGUUUGCUCCACAAGUGGCAGCCAGAGGAGUCCCUGUUGCAGAGUUCAACAUGGAAAAUACACCAGCUACCAUGCGCUUUAAGUUCCACUUCCACGGCCCUUGUGGAGACACCUUACCCCCUGCACUAGCACGGCACGAGGCUGAAGACAAGUGAGAAGGAGUCCUGCACAUCAGCUAUGACCCGUCCCGAGAGUCUUAAGUGUUCAACACUUUAGAAAAGGAAAGACUGUCAAACAAUGGAAGCCUUUAUUUUGAAUAAGUACCAUCUGAAGGAUCUCGACAUGAAGAUAAUUUAACAUAUGUUACAAGGGAUAUUUUGGGACAGAACCGGUUGGUGUUACUAUCGCAAAUCAGUCUUGCUUUUUGUGGUGUCUGCUCGCUAUUUCGAAGUCCUUUGGGUCCUUUGGGUUUUACUUUUCCUUUAAAAGUAGGAAUUUUAUCGAUUUAGUCAAGCUAGUAUCCAUGCUGUCUUGAAACAGGGUCUGCGAACAUGGGUAAUGUUGCAAAUCCAGAGCAUGUUCUGAAAUGAACACAUGUUAAAUAUGUCGCAGUAGGGGGCAGUGUUUAACUGUUGGUGUCGACAUAACCCUCCAGUCUCAAGAACAACCUGAUCCACUGGUGAGGGACUGUGGGCUCUGCCCGGGAUAUCUGGUGAGAGCGGAUGAAACGCUGCCCUGACGCGUCACUGAAAAGGCUUUGUCCCAUAUUUAUGACAUCUUCCAGUAGCCGGGUUUUGCCUUUUGCUUAAAGGCGCUGGAUGUCAGUGUGUCCUCCCUGGCCAGACAGGAGAGGAGGUUUUGUCGUACUGUGAUUGUAAAGAUUUUUUUUUUAAAUGUGUGUAAUCAUUGUUUGAGCAGUGGUGAAGCAGCAAAGGGUAGCGCAUGGUGAUUAAAGAGGUGAAUCUAUA